AUGGAUUACAUUCAACGUUUGCUUCGGCCAGGAGGAAACCCUCAGUUCCAGCCAAUUCCCGGUUCGUUUCCUGCCACUGAGCCCGAACAAUCCUAUACACCCGAUGCCAGUAUAACAAGAACCUCCUUAGAAAAAGUGGCCAAGACCUGCCUCAAAGUUCCCCUUUUAUUAAUUUACUACGCCCUGGCAGCACUCAUAUCGCUUCUCAGCGUGCUGCGACCUUUGAACAAACUGUGGUCUUUUUACGACCGCAAGAAGAAGAAGACGCUCAAUCAUGAAGACGCCUUGUCAUCUCUUCUGGAAAACUUAAGUGUAGAACACAGUUUCUUGCUGACCAAAAAUUCCAUUGAAGAGACCAGUUUGGAAAACUCGUUCAGCUUUGCUUCUAUCUACGGCACAGAGGACGGAACCCUUACCACGCAUCUCCUCCCUUCUUAUGCGAAACUAUUGCAAUCGACUUCAGCGCAGGGCAAAUUUGGCAUCGUUUAUCUUCACGAUUCGCUGCUAGACAACUGUGGCCACUGUCUAGGAGCUCUAUGCUCUGAAAAAUUCGUCAACAUGGCUCGCAAGUAUGAAGUCUUUAUUUGGAUGGGAGACAUAACCACCCCAGAAGGUCUGCAGGUUGCAAAUGGCUUGAAAGUUAGAAAACUACCUUUCAUCGGACUUCUGGCUCCUAAACCUGGCUACAAAAUACAAGUUAUCGAUACGCUCGAAGGCGAGCACUCGAGUUGCUCUUUGGAUUCCUUCGAGGCUAACAUGGCCAAGUUUUACCCUAGACUCAUCGAGUUGCGUCAACAGCGCCAAAAUAUAGAGCUUCAGAGACUCAUACGUGAACAGCAAGACUCUCGGUAUCAAGCGUCACUCCGGCAGGACCAGGGAAACACUCGCAGAAGGGAGGCCGAAGAGGCCGAUCAGAGAAGACAACAAAAUGAGGUAAGACAAAAACAACAGUGGCUUUCUUGGCGAAGAAAGACCCUCGCUCAAGAGCCGUCAAGCUUCGAAACUUCAUGUAGGGUGGCUAUCCGGAUUGCGGACGUGGGUCGCGUUGUGCGCAACUUUGAUGCCAAUCUUCCAAUCGAGGAGAUCUACGCAUUUGUAGAGCUAACCCGUCUGGGUCUGCUCAAUGAUUCGCCUGAUGCAAAUCAAACAGAGAGCAGAAAGCCUGAUUACGAAUACAAGUAUCCGUUCCAACUCAGAACGCCCGUACCGAGAGUCGAUUUGGACCCACAGUCCACAAUCAAAGACGUCGAUGAGAUCUACCCAUCAGGCAACAUCGUCAUGGAGUUCAUUACUGCAGAUUGA